AAGACGCGCUCAGCUGUGGUCCGGGCAGAGGGGAGGCGUGCGCUCUGCUGAAGGAGCUCUCCAGCAGCACUUGUCAAGAGCUGUGAGCAGACGACAACCUUGCUGAAAUCGUCCGGACCGGCACCAAGUUGUGGCUGUGUAGUUUUUUUUUUCUUUAUUUUUUUUUCUAUUAUGGCUGACCAUCUUUUGCACUAUAAUGACUCAGCUGGGGUCGGGAACCGAUUCGCCCGCAAAGGUGCUUUGCGGCAGAAAAAUGUGCACGAAGUGAAAAACCACAAAUUCAUUGCGAGGUUUUUCAAGCAGCCGACGUUCUGCAGCCACUGCACAGACUUCAUAUGGGGAUUUGGAAAACAGGGAUUCCAAUGCCAAGUUUGCUGUUUUGUGGUUCACAAACGCUGCCACGAGUUCGUCAGCUUCUCCUGUCCUGGAGCGGACAAAGGUCCCGACACAGAUGAUCCCAGAAGCAAGCACAAGUUCAAGAUCCACUCGUACGGCAGCCCCACCUUCUGCGACCACUGUGGCUCCCUGCUGUACGGACUCAUCCACCAAGGGAUGAAAUGCGACACCUGCGACAUGAACGUCCACAAGCAGUGUGUGGUCAACGUGCCGAGCCUGUGCGGCACCGACCACACGGAGCGCCGAGGCCGCCUCUUCCUGAAGAUUGAGGUCAGCGGCGACAGGCUUCACGUCACAGUGGGUGAAGCCAGGAACCUGAUUCCCAUGGAUCCAAACGGCUUGUCAGACCCCUAUGUUAAACUCAAGCUCAUUCCAGAUCCCAAGAAUGAGACCAAGCAGAAGACGAGGACCAUCCGCUCGUCCCUCAACCCCUGCUGGAACGAGUCCUUCACAUUUAAGCUGAAGGCGUCGGACAAGGACCGCCGCCUGUCCAUCGAGGUGUGGGACUGGGACCGGACCACCAGGAACGACUUCAUGGGCUCCAUGUCGUUCGGCGUGUCCGAGCUCAUCAAGGCUCCCACGUGUGGCUGGUACAAGAUGUUGAACCAAGAGGAGGGAGAAUAUUACAACGUCCCGAUCCCAGAGGUGGACGACAUCAACCUGGAGCUCCGGCAGAAGUUCGAGGCCUGCCAGUUAAAUAUCCACUAUCUCAAGAAAGCCAAGCUGGGGCACGGUAAGAAGAUGAUCACGCCGUCAGACCACCGGAGGUUCAGCCUGCCUUCGGGGAACAUGGACCGGGUCGGACUCCACGACUUCAACUUCCUGGCCUUGCUGGGGAAGGGCAGCUUUGGCAAAGUCAUGUUGGCAGAGAUGAAGUCCACAGAGGAGCUGUACGCCAUCAAGAUCCUGAAGAAGGACGUGGUGAUCCAGGACGACGACGUGGAGUGUACGAUGGUGGAGAAGCGGGUCCUGGCCCAGAGGGACAAGCCGCCCUUCCUCACGCAGCUCCACUCCUGCUUCCAGACAGUGGACCGGCUGUACUUUGUGAUGGAGUACAUCAACGGAGGCGACCUCAUGUAUCACAUCCAGCGAAUGGGCAAGUUCAAGGAGCCGCAGGCAGUGUUUUACGCAGCAGAGAUUGCCGUCGGUUUGUUUUUCUUGCACCGAAAAGGGAUCAUCUACAGGGAUCUGAAGCUGGACAACGUCAUGCUGGACUCCGAGGGCCACAUCAAGAUAGCGGACUUCGGCAUGUGCAAGGAGAACAUGUACGAGGGCAUGAACACGCGCACCUUCUGCGGAACCCCGGACUACAUCGCCCCGGAGAUAAUCGCAUAUCAGCCCUAUGGAAAGUCGGUGGACUGGUGGGCGUACGGCGUCCUCCUCUACGAGAUGCUGGCGGGACAGCCUCCGUUUGAUGGAGAGGACGAGGACGAGCUCUUCCAGUCCAUCAUGGAGCAUAAUGUGUCCUACCCCAAGUCCAUGUCCAAAGAGGCCGUGUCCAUUUGCAAGGGACUGAUGACCAAGCACCCGUCGAAGCGUCUGGGCUGCGGCCCCGAGGGCGAGCGGGACAUCAGGGAGCAGGCGUUCUUCAGGCGCAUCGACUGGGAGCGUCUGGCCAACAGAGAGAUCCAGCCGCCGUUCAAGCCCAAAGUGUGCGGCAAAGGAGCGGAGAACUUCGACAAGUUCUUCACGCGCACCCAGCCCGUGCUGACGCCUCCCGACCAGCUGGUCAUCGCCAACAUCGACCAGAGCGAGUUCGCCGGCUUCUCCUACAUCAACCCCCAGUUCAUCCAUCCGUCCCUGCACAGCGUGGUAUGAGGAGCGGCCACAGGAUGCUGAGAGACUCACCCCGUGCUCCACAGUGUUCCGUCCACUACUUACCAGUAUCUGCAUUUACAGUAGGAACCACUGAGGAGAGUGAAGCACGUAGAUGUUCGCAGGCAUGUUGGUACAGUUGUUGCAUAACGUCCCCAAAGCAUCUCAUUACACGGUGUUUAUUCUGAAUCUCUAUCUGUGUUUCUUCCAACCUGCAGCCUUCUUCUUGUGUAUGAAUGUGUCCCAGUACAGGUUGAACUCUCAUUAGAUAUUAAAGAUGCAAGCUCCCAUUCCUCAUCCCACUCACCUGAUCUUACUACGCAACGAUCUGCAAUGCACGACAUGAACAGAACCUAUUUUUCUGCUCCGUCCUGUCUUUGUCUACUUCUGAACUUGCUACCUGUACAUUAUAUGUAUAUAAACUCCAGGAUAAAAGCGGUAGUGUACUGUUACACGAGUGCCAAAGUAGAAGUGGAAGCUGAACAUUUCUAUUCCAGUCCUUUUAAUGUUGUUCUUCUCUGGACCGCGUCGACACAAUAAAAGGCCUGUGUGUUGUUUCGUGGGACGUGGAAGUGGACGCGGGGGGGGGGGGGGGGGGGGGGGGGGUUCCGUUUGUCUCGCGUCUCGUACAGAGCGUGUUUGCAGGACACGGGGUCAGAAGGCGGCGGACGCGUUCUAAACUCUAAAGAUGCUGUUUCCAUAGGCACAACGCAGAUCUCUGUUGCAUGCUUAUUUUCUGACUCUGUAUGAGCAGUAGACUGUAGGAUGCAGUACACGUCUGGUAUCAUUGUAAAGUUUAGUAUUAUGAUAUAAACUAUGUUAAUAUAUACUUGUAUGUCUGAAGAAAAGUUUCUAUCUGUUGAGGAAAAAAAGGUUUGUUCCUGUUUUACGUUCCGCUUCUGUCCGACCCUUUAUCGUGCGUCGACCUUUUUGUAAAUAUGUUUGGGGAAGACAGAAGCUCGUCGCAGAUUUUAUACUAUGAACUGAAUGUGCUUUUACUACCGGAGGCGGUUUGGACAUUUCUAUGUUUAGAUCAGCCCGGAGGAGAGUUCUAGGACAUCUGGCUGAAGCGUUGGCAGCUUUGGUAUCAGCGGACCUUGUUACAUGUAUUUCCACUAUUUAUCCAGCGUUUUCUACUCAGUGCUCAGAGAAUAUGCAGCAGCCGUGUGCGUGAAAAGCUCCGACGCCCUGUUGCCUUGGUCAUCUCAGGGCUGACUCCUGGAACAGACGGACAGACGGCGAUGAAGCUGCAUUGUUGUUGUUGUGAGGAGAUCAGAGCCCUCGGUGGCAGAAACACGUCUACUUUAUAUAUUGUGUGCAUGCGUGAGGCGAGGUCUGAGCUAAGCAUGCGAAAGGACCCCCUGCAUGAUACAGAGACCACCCCCCCCCCAACCCCCACCCACUCCCAGGUGUGGAGCAUGGAGUUCCCCCCACCUUGUUGCACACAAUGAGACAAACCGGUCCAACGAGUAACUGCGCGCUAUUCUGCUCUUCGUCUUUUAGCACUCGCUGUCAUGUAGCCCAGCCCGUUUGGCUAAAAGGCUAGAUUUAAAAAAAAAAAAUAGGUGUGAAAUGCUUCUGUUGGCUUUUUGUUUCAUUGUGCCAAACUGAGCCUUGUUGUUUCCAGUCAGGUGUUUUUGUGCGAGGCCACUACUGAGGCACACAAAGCGACAGAGGGACUUUACGAAACUGCCAAAUUUCAAGCAAACAAUCAGCUCUUUGCUCAUGAUUUAAGUCUUAACACCCAGACCGAUGUUGUGUCUGUCACAUCUGGACCAAAUUAAGAAUAAACCGAAUGUUUACAUGUCUCACAUUGAGAAGCUGUAUCCGGGAAAAACAUACACAGAAAUAAAACCUUGGGGCCUGUGACAGAGAUAAUUAAGCGUUAGGCCAGUCAGGUACAAUUAGAGCCACAGGGAUGUUUGUAUGUGUUUCCUUUCCCCUGCCUUUGUUAACCUGAAUCUUAUUGUUCCUCUGUUUAUUGUGGUAUGACGGAUACUGUGUAUAAAUAAAGUAUGAAAACUAUUUUAAAAUCAA